CACACACACACACGUUUCCAUAGAGAGAGGUUCCACUUUGCAUUAGCAGCUCAUGCUUCAGUGCUCUGCGAGUGUUUAUAGCCCUGUGACUUUAACACUUCAUGACUGAGAGCUGCUGCUCAGCGACUUCACCCACAGCAACCAUGAGUUUGAUCAGCGUCUUCAUCUGCACACUGGCCCUCUGCGCUCGAGGAUCCAGAGGUCAGGUGACUGUGACUCAGAGUCCUGCAGUGAAACCUGUUUCUCCAGGAGAGACACUCACCAUCAGCUGUAAAACCAGUCCUGCUGUUUAUAGUGACUUUAGUGGAGAUCAUUAUUUGUCCUGGUAUCAGCAGAAAGCUGGAGAAGCUCCUAAACUCCUGAUCUAUUGGGCUAGCACUAGAGAAUCAGGUAUUCCAGAUCGUUUCAGUGGCAGUGGAUCUGGAUCUGAUUUCACUCUGACCAUCAGUGGAGUCCAGACUGAAGAUGCUGGAGAUUAUUACUGUCAGAGUUAUCAUGAUAUCAGUGGUAGCAAUGUGAUCACACAGUGUUAGAGCGUCGUACAAAAACCUGUGUGAGUGUGACUGCUGCAGCUGGAACCUACUGCAGGUGCUGAGGGGGACGAUGUGAUACAGCACAAUCACACACACACACACACACACACACA